CGCGCGGAAGGGUCUAAGUUACACACACACACACACACACACACAUUCACACAUUCCAGCAGGCGAGGCCUGAGCAAGCAGGGAGUUUUUAAGGAGAUCAUUUUUAUUUUCCAGACAUGUCUUCCUUGAUUAAGAAAGUGAUCAGCACAGCGAAAGCUCCAGGUGCAAUUGGACCCUACAGUCAAGCCGUCUUGGUAGACAGAACCGUGUACGUCUCUGGACAAUUAGGCAUGGACCCAUCCAGCGGACAGCUUGUAUCCGGAGGGGUGGUGGAAGAAACUAAGCAGGCUCUUAGCAAUAUGGGAGAAAUUUUGAAGGCUGCCAACUGUGACUUCGGCGACGUGGUAAAGACGACAGUUUUACUGGCAGAUAUAAAUGACUUCAAUGCAGUAAAUGAAAUAUAUAAGCAGUAUUUCAAGAGUAAUUUCCCAGCAAGAGCCGCUUACCAGGUUGCUGCUUUGCCUAAAGGAGGCCGUGUUGAGAUUGAAGCAGUAGCCGUCACAAAAGCUAGACUGUAAGCCGGGUCUUCAUCUGUGUUGCGGUUAUAUUCGGUGCAGGACCAUUGUAAUUAAAAAAAAUAAAUACUCUAA